AUGCCGAAUGAAACUAGGCAUAUCCACAGCGUCGACGAGACCUCAUAUCCUUACAUUUUUGAACAAAAUGCGACGGUUGAAGUCAAGUCUGGAGACGGCCUAGUCCGGUGCAAUGUGUACCGGCCCAAGAACCCCGAGCCUGUUCCGGUCCUGGUCACCUACGGGCCAUACGGCAAAGACAUCCACUACAAGGACUUUCAUGCCAAGUCAUUCUCGGAAGUGAACCCCCAGCACAAGUCUGACCACUCAGCGUGGGAGACGCCGGACCCCGGGUUCUGGACCAAGCAUGGCUACGCCGUCGUGCGUGCCGACGAGCGCGGUUUGGGCCAAUCGCCGGGCACUCUGGACACCAUGUCUCGCAGUACCAGCGAGGCGUUCUGCGACGUCGUUGAGUGGGCGGCCGAGCAGCCCUGGUCGUCCGGCAAGGUCGGCCUGCUUGGCAUCAGCUACUACGCCGGGAGCCAGUGGCGCGUCGCGGCCCGAAAGCCAAAGGGCCUAUCCGCCAUCGUGCCGUGGGAGGGCAUGUCGGACUACUACCGCGACAGAUGCCGCCACGGCGGAAUCCUCAGCAACGGAUUCAUCAAGUUCUGGUGGAACAGGCAGGUCAUCACCAACCAAUACGGCCGUCCUGGACGACAGGCGAGUAAGUGGGGUCCAGACUCCAUCGAGGGCGAUCUGUCCGAGGAUGAGCUGCUACAGAACCGCAAUGAUCAGACCGUGGAUAACCAAACACAUCGUUUCCGAGACGAGGACUACUAUGCCUCCAAGGAGUAUGACAUGGGCGAUAUCGAGGUGCCUCUGCUCUCUGUGGGCAACUGGGGUGGAAUCCUACUCCACCUCAGAGGCAACGUUGAGGGUUUCACCCACGCUGGAUCCAAGCUGAAGUACCUUCGGAUGAUCACUGGCCGGCACGAUCUCCCUUUCUACUACGAAGAAGAAGUCGAGAUCCAGCGUAGUUUUCUCGAUGCGUUCUUGAAGGGAGAGGACCGUGUCGGUUGGUCCGAGCCUGGCAAAGUGGCCCCAGUCAGUCUUGUCUUGCGAAAAGGUGACGUAGGCUUCAAUGAUGCCGAGAAGGAGAAGGCCUACCCGAGAAGAGAGGAGAGCGAAUGGCCGAUUGCACGGGCACAAUACACCAUGUUCUUUCUCACGCCAGACCUUGGCUUAACGCGUGAUGAGGAAAAGGCUUCGGAACGCGGGAAGCUCGGAUAUCCGGCCCUAGGGACAUUGGAGAAGCCAGAGUGUCUGCAGUUCGCAACCGAACCGUUCGACGACGAGACGGAGAUCACGGGCCAUGUCACGGCUCACCUCAACGUUUCCGUGACACCUGAUCCUGCAGGCCCGACGCCCAAGGAUAUCGACCUCUUUGUGACACUACGGCACAUCAGUCCGAACGGCAAAGAGAUCUUCUACACCGGCACUGCCGGCGACCCUGUCCCUCUGACCAAGGGCUGGCUCCGGGUGUCCCUCCGCAAGGUGAACAAAGAGCACCCGAAACACCGCGAGUGGUUGCCUCACCGGGACUACACCAGCGCCGAUGUGCUUCCAGUCAUCCAAGGCGAGAUCUACGCUGUCGACCUCGAGAUCUGGCCCACUAAUGUCGUCGUUGACAAAGGUGGGAAAAUUGUGUUCGAGGUCAGCUCUGGUGACACACAGGGCUCUGGUAUCUUCCUUCACAAUGACCCUGUGGAUAGGUCUCCUGAACGUUUCCAAGGGACGAAUCACAUUCACUUUGGUCCUCAACUCAAGAACUAUGUGACCCUCCCUGUGAUUCCGAGCAAAGUGUAG